UUGCUUACCUCCUAAGCUAAUCAUCCAUUAUUAUUUAUUCCUCCCAUCCCUUCUCAGCAAAGCACAAAUUAAACUAACCCAUUUUCAACAUUUCGACUCUUGCAUGCCAUGAAUGAUGAUGAACACUAGAUCAACCAGCAUUUUGUUUUGGCUCAUAGCCUUCACCAUUGCAUUCUUUUCCCUCACCUUUUCUCUCUAUUCCAACCUUCUUACUACUACUACUGUCCUCACCGUCAAUACUCCUACCACCUUACUACCUUUUCUGCGGAGUGUAGUCAAACAAACUGGGUUGGAUGAUUUCCUCUCUGUUAUCCACCAAGUUAAGCAGGCGCGGUCCAAACACCAUCACCACCACCAUAAACGCAGGCCUAAGGCCAAUAAGUGCGACGACUCCAAAUGGGACUCUCCCCUUGUUUCUAUGUACAAUGUUUCGCACGUUAUAACCGUGGAUUUAAAUGGUUGUGCAAACUUUGCCAGUGUCCAAAAGGCCAUUGAUGCCGUUCCUGAUUUCAGCCCAGUUGCCACACUCAUUAUAAUCGAUUCCGGCACCUACAGGGAAAAAGUGGCAGUGAAAAAAAGUAAGAUAAAUUUGAUAAUACAAGGCCAAGGCUACCUCAACACUGCUAUAUCAUGGAAUGAUACUGCAAAUUCCACUGGAGAAACUUCUAGCAGCUACACUUUUGGUGCAUUUGCUCCCAAAUUCAUAGCCUACAACAUAAGCUUUCAAAACACAGCUCCUCAGCCAUCCCAAGGUGCAACUGGUGGGCAGGCAUUGGCCAUAAGUAUAUUAGGAGAUCAAUCUGCAUUUUAUGGAUGUGGAUUCUAUGGAGCACAAGACAUCCUUAACGAUCAAAGAGGAAGACAUUAUUUCAAACAAUGUUUCAUCCAGGGCUCUAUUGACUUCAUCUUUGGAAAGGCCAGAUCACUUUACGAGGAGUGUAAAAUUAAUAGCAUAGCCAACGAGGGUGGGGGAGGGAUAAGUGGAUCAAUCACAGCACAGGGCAGGGAUUCCGAGGAAGAAAAAAGUGGGUUCUCCUUCUUGAAAUGCGAGGUUGGUGGUAGCGGCAAAGUGUGGUUGGGGCGUGCAUGGGGAUCCUAUGCCACAGUCGUCUUCUCUAAAACUCAAAUGUCCCAAGUGGUCUCCCCUGAUGCUUGGAAUGAUUGGAACGACUCUACCAGAGAUCAGACAGUGUAUUUUGGAGAAUACGAUUGCAGAGGGCCAGGAGCAGACUGCUCAAACAGGUCAUCCUAUGCGAAGCAACUGGACGAAUCCGAGGCUGCUCCAUUCUUGACUACUUCAUAUAUUGAUGGUGAGGAUUGGCUUAUUCCAACACCUAACACGGCAUAUAUAACCACAUCUACUGAUCCAAUGACAACAUUAUAUUAUUGACUUGUCCGGAAUUGUAUUUAUUAAUAAAUAAUCUGAUAAUACAAGAUCAGUUUUUGUUAA